AAGCCUCGUUUACCAGCUUCCUGCUUGUCUGUGCCUAUGGUGAAGUGUUUGAAAACGUUAGCUCAGCCUGCACAGAAAAGGGAAGAAUUCUAACAGAUGCAAUCGGAUGUGGGUAAACUCUCUCAGCUCCUAAGCACCCAUUGCUGCAUAACAAACUGAUUAUUCGCCAUGAACCCGGAGGAACAGACCGUCACAUGGCUUAUCUCCCUGGGGGUAUUAAACUCGCCCAAGAAAACGAUUUGUGACCCGGAGGAGUUCUUGAAAUGUAGCCUGAAGGAUGGGGUAGUCCUUUGCAAGCUGAUGAAUCGACUGCUCCCAGGUUCUGUGGACAAGUUUUUUGCAGAACCCAAGAGUGAAGGAGAGUGCCUGGAGAAUAUUAAAGAAUUUCUGAAAGCAUGCAUCUCUCUGCGAAUCGAGCUGUUCGAUGCAAAUGAUCUCUACACUGGUGAAAACUUCCCUAAAGUCCUGAGCACUCUUUCUGCUGUCAACAGAGCUACUGAAGAUCAAGCGUCGGGGAGACCAUGUUCUCGCACAUUAUCUCAGUCGCAUAGCUUCGCAGCGUGUUCUUCCAUUAAUUCCCAAGGAACAGAUUGUUCUACAAGAGUGGUGAAGAGGCAGUCAAAAGCUCUGGACAUGACCGGAAAUGGCAGCUGUCCGUUAGUUGUAAAAGCACGGUUUAAUUUCAAACAACAAAAUGAAGAUGAGCUAUCCUUCAAUAAAGGUGACACAAUCCACGUCACCAGGGUAGAGGACGGAGGCUGGUGGGAAGGCUCACUGAACGGCAAGACUGGCUGGUUCCCAAGUAAUUAUGUCAAGGAAUUUAAGUCCAACGACAAACCACUUUCCCCAAAGGCCUUAAAAGGGUGUGAAAUAGCACAGCUGACAAAAAAUUAUUAUACAGCGGUGCUGCAGAAUAUUCUGGAAACUGAAUGUAGUUAUUCUAAAGAACUUCAGUUACUGCUCUCAACAUACCUCAGACCCCUCCAGUCCUAUGAUAAAUUAAGUGCUGCAGACAUUCUUUUGCUUCUAGGAAAUUUUGAAGAAAUAUGCACAUUUCAACAAACAAUCUGUCAGAGUUUAGAAGAAUGCGCAAAGUUGCAUGAAAACCACCAGAAAGUGGGAAGCUGCUUCAUGAAUCUUUUCAGUCAGUUUAAGUCUCUGUAUAUUGCCUAUUGUGCUAACCACCCCAUGGCUGUUAACGUACUCACACAGCACAGUGAUGAGUUGGAGAAGUUUAUGGAGGCUCAAGGAGCAGCAGGAUCUGGCAUUCUAAUGCUAACCACAAGCCUAAGCAAACCAUUCAUCAGACUAGACAAGUAUGUCACCCUUCUCCAAGAACUGGAAAGACACAUGGAGGAAGCACACCCAGAUCAUAAAGAUGUUCUCCGAGCCACUGCAUCCUUCAAAGCCCUUGUGGCCCAGUGUCAAGACACACGCAAACGAAAGCAGUUGGAACUGCAGAUCCUCUCGGAACCCAUUCAAAGUUGGGAAGGAGAUGACAUUAAAGCACUGGGCAGUGUGAUCUACAUGUCGCAGGUUCUUGUGCAAUGUGGAGCGAGCGAGGAAAAAGAAGAACGAUAUUUUAUGCUGUUUCCAAGAGCACUUUUAAUGCUUUCAGCUAGCCCUCGGAUGAGUGGAUUCCUUUAUCAGGGGAAAUUGCCUUUGACUGGAAUGUCAGUAGUUAAGACAGAGGACAAUGACAUCAAUAAUCACUCGUUUGAAAUUGCAGGUCACAUGAUAGAACGUAUCCAGGUGUUUUGCAACAGUAGCCAAGAUUGCCAGGAAUGGCUCGAGCAUCUUCAUCGUCUUACCAAAGCUCCUGGGUCGCAUACCGCAUUGGGUAAGACACAGUCUUGGACAGGUCACAUGAUUUCAGACAGAAAACAACCAGCUCCCUCUCAUCACUCCAUUUCAAUGAUUCCUCGGGGACCUUUGGAACCAGCCAAAAUCUACAAAACUUGGACUUUAAGUUGUUUGAGGCCUGCACCUCCACUCAGGCCUUCAGCCGCAUUAGGUUACAAAGAGAGGAUGUCUUAUAUAUAUAAGGAAUCCAGCAAAAGCCCAAAAAACGUGAAGAAAUUUCUACCAAAGCGGAAAACUGAAAGAAAGCCUUCUGAUGAAGACUCUGGUUUCAGAAAAAGCACUGUUGCUUUGGAAGAAGAUGCACAAAUUCUCAAAGUAAUUGAGGCAUAUUGCACAGGAGCAAGUUUCCAUCAAAGCCUCACUUCUGGGCCCCGCAAAGAUUCUGUUCCACAAGUCUUGCUUCUUGAAGAUGAAAAUCUGAUGGAAGACAUAAGAAGCAAUGGACAUGGUGUUACCGAAGACAAAAGCCUGGUAGAUACAGUCUAUGCAUUAAGAGAUGAGGUCAAUGAACUGAAACAGGAGAAUAAAAGAAUGAAGCAAAGCUUAGACGAAGAGCAAAAGUCGAGAAGAGAACUCGAAAAGUUGGUCCGGAAGAUACUGAAGCAAACCAGCGACAGUUCACGGGAUGAUCUGACACAUUAGUAUGCAAUCCUUGUGCCUCUGGCGUUUCUCUUAAAGAGCUGAAAAUGUUGCUGACAAAGACAUAUAGGAGAAAAUGUCAAACACUUUGCCAUUUCUGCCCACUAAUAGGGUGUUUCUGCGCUGUCUCAUUCCCAAGACAUUUUAGCAAUACAUGCUGGAUUAACUGGGUCUCCCAGAUUAGAUGGCAUAUGGAAUUAUCCCUGAAAACCCACCUUUUUAAAUCCUUGCUGUUUUCAUGAUUGUUUGUCUGUUUGAGUUCUGCAGCUUUCUCACUGUCAUCCUUUAGGGAAGUAUAACUUCUCGAUUAGUCAAUUCACGUAAUUGUUUGUGCAAAGUACAGGUCAUGCAAGUGAAAGGGACUGACUUGAACAGCAUUAACAGGCUGUAAAUGGUCAAACCAUAGAAAUACUUGCAUGGAUCGCUGGGAAAACAAUUCUUCCUUAGCAACAGUGGAAAGAGAGUUAGAGCCUUUGCAGGUAUAUCAUGUUGUUGCCAUAACCAUUGCAAUAUGCAUAUGAUUUACAAUAUAUUCAAGGAUGAAAUAGCUUUUUAAAAUUCUGUACAAAAUCUCAUACAACCUCUUUAGAAAAUAACCCUUUCCUAUGACAUAGGCAAAAUCUCCUUUUUUCAAGUCUGUAAAUGGAUAACCUCUCAUGCAGAGGUUACCAGAAAGCUGUUUGUAGUAGUUUUGUAUAAAUUUGUAUAAUUUUCCAUCUGAGAUGCUUUAUUUAUUUUUUUCCCCCCUUCCUGUUUCUUUCUAAAUUAAAUAGAGUAAAUGACCACUAAAAGCACUGGGACCACUUCAUCUCAAUGAAGUGGAGUGGGUGCAGUGGCAACAUUGUAUUAACCCUGCAAUGUAACACACAACUGUUUUGUAGAAAGUGCAAUGCUUCCAUUGCAAGGUUAAACACACCUCUAGCGGCUAUCUUUCUGAUGAGCUUCAGCAGGAACAAACGAGUAGUACUUGGUCAUGUGACCACUGCAGUUCAUAGGAAAAUACUUUGCGAGAGGAGGAGCUGGAGGCUGCACCAAGGGAGUUGCGUCGCUGGAGCAAGUGUAGAUUAAAAAGCUUUAUUUUAGCUUUUUGGAGCAAACCAUGGUUUGUAUUCCUAAUGCUAAAGUAUGCCUUUACAGUAUCCUAGAUAUUCUCCAUCAUUAAAAUCUUCAAUUCCCCUCGUUUAGUUUUACGGUGAUACAGGCUCAGGUAUACAGUGAAUUAGAGUGAAUUAAUGGUCAAACUUAGAAUUUUUGACUAAAACACCAGGGUUGGAUAAUAUAGCUAUAUUUGCUAUUUUGGUCACACUUUUGUAAUUUGGUAUUAACUUCACUCUUUCAUAAAUAAACCACAGCUCCUUUCAUUCCUUGUGGUCAUCUGGAUACAAAAGGUACCAUUAUUAAGCUACAUGUUUUGUUACAAAUUGUUUCACCUUUGAAAAGGUCACGCUUUUACCUUUUUCCAUGACUACAGUUAUGAAGGUGUUACCAUAGCUAGGCUAUAGGGAAUGCUUUGAUUACAUACACUUUCAUGCCUUAAAUUUAUCUAUAUAUCAUUCUUUAAUCUAUAACCUUGUACAGUCUUGUUAGGUUUCCAAGUGGUAUCUGAAAUAAUGGCAAAGCCAUAUAAAAUAUGAUAGUUGACAAAUACCAUGUGAUCCGAAUCAGAGGUUUGUACACUGUUAACAUGCUCUGUAUGUCAAAGCUUCUCUUUGAAAUGGGAAGAAAUGUCGUCAUUAUUGUGAAAAAGUGCCUGAGCAAAAAGGAGUUUAUUUACUAAACUGCGAAUUGUGGUGGCCCUGGACAAAAUAUUGCAUUUUGGUUGUCGGAUGGCCACAACUGUCUGUUAAGUAAACAAAUUUCAAAUAUAUAAUAGUUCAAUGGUACUACCACUGUUUCAGCAUGAUAGAUAGUCUAUAAUAGAUGUUUGUAUACAAAGUGCGGGCACUGUUUUUAAUAGGAUUUAAAGUGAUCAAAUUCAACUAAGGUAUCAGAUCUCUGUGCGUUGAUAUAUGCAAUAUGUUUCAAAGUGCAAUCAAUUACUGUGAUGCAAUUAAAGUGUUAGUGUGGUUUUUUUUUUGUUUGUUUUUUUAAUACAAUGUAAUGCUAUUUUAAUUAUAUAAUAUGUAGAGGCCUUGGUAUUAUACAAUAAUUUCUUGUGUUUGGUAUAAAAAUACGUCCGACUUGUUUUAUGAAAUUGAUCAGAUGGAGGAAUUUUUAUUGGUGUUCCAAAUCAUGACUGUCCGAAACAGAACGGUCAAACCAGUUUUAAUCUGAAGGUCUACAUCUCCUUCUGAAUAUUGGAAUGGGGUUCCGGCCCAAGAACAUUGAUUGUAUCCAAUUACAGAACCUAUUUCUAUUAGGGGCAGAAUAUGUACCAUAGAAAACCUUGGACAGCGUUUGAGUCCUUUUUUUGGACAAUGAUCUAAAAGAAAAUGAUCAGCUUACCUAAAAUACCUUGUGUAUUUUAGUUAUAUAGAUAAAAAAUAAC